UAGGUUAGUCGCGUUCGAGCUACUCGCCCGUUGUUCCGAUUGUCCGUCCGCAACGUAAAUAUAAUAUGAUCUUAAAUUUUAUAUUUUACUAUGAUGUCGUACAAAAAAAUAUCGUUUCUCUCAACAUUGACGAUAUUUUAUAACAAUCAUCGUUUUUAGACUGCUUAUAGUAUUACGUUUUAGAUUAAUUCAGACUGUAUUAUAUUGAUAAAAAUAAUGAUCUCAGUACAAAAUAAAGAGUAUGAAUAUUUAUGAUAUAAUUUGUGUAAAUUAUUCAUAUUAUGUCAAAUAUUAAAAUUAUAAACUAAAAUCGUGUGUGCUUGAUACAUCGAUUAAAAUGUUUUGGAUCAAUUAUACAUGGAAAUUAAGUAAUUACGAUUUUUGAAUGGCUUCGAGGAGAUAGUUGCAUGACAGUAAGUUGAUGCGUUACGGGUUGGUGAUGCCAGUCAAAAAAGUCAUCAAUUUCCUGAAUAGUACACGUGAUUUGAGACUGUUGAAGAUGGUAUCCACUUCCAUUUCCUUGGAUAGGAGGUCGUACUCUGAGAUAAAUGUACCGAAGACACAAGUAAUAAAUGAGCUGACACUAAUGGUUAGCGGAAAUGAAACGACUAAAAACAAAGGAUAUGACAGCCAAUAUUACAUUGCGGCUGUCGUCGAGUACCACCCCAAAUUGGGUUCCAAUCCUUUGCAGUCAAUGCAGAACAAUUUACCAAUUUAUGAGGACAUUAUUCACCAUGCUAGUCAAUAUGAUGUUGAUAUAUUGGUUUUCCCGGAAGCUGGUUUGACAGGAGUUACUUUACCCGAUAACCGAAACGAAAUCAAAACAUUUUUAACUGAAAUUCCUUCCCCAGAAAGUAACACUAUUCCGUGUUUUACUCAAUAUUGCAGCACGGUAUUGAAUAAACUGUCAUGUGCGGCUAGACUUCAUCAUAUGUAUGUGGUGGUAAAUUUACCAGAAAUAGAGUAUUGCAAGACAGAAGAAGACGACUCGUGUCCAGAAGAUUUAGCAAAUUAUUACAACACAAACGUGGUGUUUAAUAGGGAAGGCAGAAUCGUAGCUAGGUAUAGAAAAUUUAAUUUAUUUGGAGAAUUAGGAUUUAAUCAUACUCGUUCAUCAGAAUUAUGUACGUUCGACACUGAUUUCGGAGUGAGAUUUGGAAUGUUUAUAUGCUUCGAUAUACUAUUUCAAGAUCCCGCAGCUCGGCUUAUUCGUGAAACAGGCGUGAAGGAUGUUAUAUUUUCAACGGCUUGGUUUUCAGAAAUUCCUCUGCUUACAGCUGAUUCAGUGCAAGCUGGCUGGGCAUAUACCAACGAUGUGAACCUUAUAGCAGCUAGUUACAACGCCCCAUCAAUGGGCGGUGGAGGUAGUGGCAUUUACGCUGGCCGGGACGGACCAUUAGUCAUGUUUAUGCCUGACCGACCUGGUACUCAAAUAAUACUAUCAAGAGUGUUGAAAAGACAAUACAACAACUGUGAUAUACAAUCAAAGAAAUGUUCGAUCGAUAGUAACUAUCAGACGUUUAUAUCGGAUAACCUAGUCUUACCUUAUGGUAAAGAAAAAUCCCCACCAAAUAGAAACCGGCCCAGUGAUUUCAGGUUCUUCGUGGACAACAGCUUCAAGGACUUCCACGUGGCGACCAUGCGAUCCUCGGACCCGGACGCCGAACAACACGACGACACGCUGUCCGCGUCAUUUCAGUACGAGCACGACGGGUUCGAGUGCGCGAUGACGGUGCGCUGGCGGAACGAGAACAACAACGACACGACGGAGUACAACAUGUUCGCUUACUCCGGUACCCGAACGUUCAGCGGCUUCGUGGACGCGCACAUCGAGACGUGUGGACUGACCACGUACAAGUCGGCUGGAGCGGCCGCCGGCCACUACUGCGGUGCCGUCGUAUACUACGACCCUCCCAAGGACCUGGUCACCAUCACCGGCAUCACGAUCGCCGCCCGGUCACCGGACCUCGGCACGCUGCCCAUACCCAGUACGCUGGACACGAGCAGCUAUCCGCUCGCCAACGACUACUACACGUUCAGCAAGCGCACGGUGACGGUCGGCAAGCGGAAAAUGUUGGAGAUCAACAUGGAGCUGUCCAAGCCGGUCGCCAACCUGGUCACGUUCGGUAUAUACAAGCUACCGCUGCGCGUGAACCGUGGUUGACACGAUCGCACGGUCAUUAUUGCCUAUACUACCUAUAUAAUUAUAGUAAUAAUAAUAUUAUAUAAUAUGAUUUGUGUGACGUCGGCGCAGGCGCAUUUACUGUUUUAUUUAUUUUUAUUUAUUGCGCAGUGCACACGUCAUUUCCUAUAGAAGACAUAUUAUUAUUUUUUAAUUUAUAAUAAUAAUGUGUGCCUUAUGGCCUUCACUACAAUUGUAUUAUAAGUACCCAACUGUUUAUGUAUAACACCACGAGAAUACAAUAUACUUUUUUUUAAUGUUUCUAGUAUAUUUAAUUGUAUCUUGUGGCUUGGGGGGAGGGCAUCUCCAUUUCACUUACUUGGGACGUCACACUUUUAUAUUAGUGAUUCUCUUGCCACCAUAUAUAUCAAUAAAUGUAUUGCUUUAUUUUAUAACCAACGACAAAAACGUAUAAUUGUAUCAUACGACUUUUUUUUAUGUCUUUUCCCGAGUGGAUAGAAUGUUUUCUCACUAAAUAUUAUACACGUUAUUUCUCACUAUAUACUUAUAUUCUGUUCACUAUAAGCUCAACAUGUGGUGAGACAAACAGGUCUAACUAUUCUUAUAAUAAUAAUAAUAUUAUUUCGAUAGCAGAUUUUUCUUUUAAUUCUAAUGACGUUAGCAAAACUAUGAACUAAUACAUGAUAAACAAUAUAUUUUUACAAUUAAUGAAAAAAAUUGAACUCCGCAUUUGAUUUUUUUAUAUAAUAUACUAUGGGCUUUAGGGUGGUCCUUAUAUAUAUAGAUUGGGCUUACAAGAAUUUUGAAAUUACCUACAUGAGAUAAAUAUAACAAUUUAAAAAUAUUUUUUUAUGAGCGUGUGUACUAAAGUAUGAACUCAGAACUAAUAAUAAAAUGCCCUCUUUAUUUUCAUAUCUGUUUGGGUCCCUGAAGUUACAAUUGUAGCUAAUUAAUUUUUAUUUAUUUAGCUAUAUUUAUUAAUACAUAUUGUAUAAUAUUGUACUGUAUUAGUAUUAAGUGUAGGUUAAAUACUUAUAACUUACACUGUUUUAGUCAAGUUCAAUGUUAAUAAACAUUUGAAUGUAUAUAAAAUACGUACAAUCAUAAUAUAGUUUUAUACUUUAUAUUUUUUUAUUUGUAACAGUGUCGUAGACGGGAAUUUUAUUUGGGAGGGGCAUUCAUUAUUCCAUCUCAUUUACAAUACACUAUCUAUACAUACAGUUCUCUAUGUACUUAACUCUAUAACAAAAAUCAAAACUUUACUCAAUUUUACUCAUUCUAUGGAAAUGUACCUUCCUAUAUUUUUUUUACGAUAUUUCAUAUUAUGUGUAACUUCAAUUUGACAUCAAAAUAUAUAUUUCCAAUGUUUGAAAUCUUCUCUAAAAAAAUGAAUUCGGUCACGUUCGCGUUCAGUUCUUAAAAAAGAAACUCGUUCACGUUCAUGUUCAUGUUUUUUUUUCAACUAAAUGCGUUUACUAGUCUGUCGUUAAUUUAAUUUUUUUAAUUUUAUAAUAGAAAUUAUAAAAAGAAAAUAUUAUUGUAUAAUGUAAUUAAUUAAUCAAUAUAUUUUAAACAAAUAUUUACUUAAUGGCAAAUAAAUUGAGCGUCUUAAAAAUCAUCCAAUAUCAUUAAAAUAAAACUUCGUUCACAUUCACGUUCAAUUUUUUAAAAAAUGAGUGAAGUCCAGGCAUCGUUCACGAAGUACAAAAGUCAAAGUGCAUUCAAGAACGACGUUCUUUCCAAACACUGGAUAUUUUAUAGUGCCAUGUGCCUUCUCAAAGAAUAUAUUACCUUAUACAUAUAAUAUUAUAUACCUUAUUAUAUAGGUACCUUCUCCUAGCUGCGACACUGAUCUGUAAUAUUAGAGCUCACUACCAAUUACUUAUAAAAAAUUAUUGCAUUGAAUGUAAAUUAUAAAUAAGG